AUGCUCGUCGACAACAUGAGUCUAGGUCAGGACUACGUCAUCGGUGCGGAUUCUACAAAGAAUCCGCGCGGCAUUCAGCAUUACAAACUUUUCGGACGCCUGCAGUCAAGGGUCACUUGGAAGUUGGCGGGCAAUCUAGGCGGAGAGGAUUACCAAGAUCGCUUCCGUGGACCACUGAAUGAGGGGGGUCUAUACAUUGAGCGACAGGGCUGGCAUCAACCAAACCCCCCCCCACCCAGUCCUGGAAGUCUGCAAGCCCCAUUACCGACGGCGUUGUGGGUGGGUGCGGGACUAUACGUGAACGGAUUCCAGUUUGGCAAGUAUGUCAGCAACCUCGGUCCACAGACCAGCUUCCCUAUCCCCCAUGGCAUCCUCAAUUAUCAGGGAAAGAACACGGUUGGCAUUACGCUAUGGGCGUUGGAUGGGAAAGGAGCCAAGCUUGAGCGUCUUGUUCUGGAGUAUCGGGAGGCGGUUAGGACAGGAAUGCGGGAUGUCACUCACUCUUGUUGA